UUCGGUAUUUACAGGAGGUGCUGUUCGGCGCAUGCAGCCGGCAGGGAGCCCACCGCGACCUCCACACGGUCCACGGAGCCAUGGCGCCCUUGUCGUUGCCUAUUUCGUCUCUUCUGAAGCACACGGACUGUCUGCAGAGGGCAAAUAUUUUCCGUAAUGUCUUACAGGGCUUACGCCAGCGACCGUUCAGGUCUCGGUUAUGGAAACGGAAUUUCGUCGCGGUGUCCCGGGGAGUCGGUCCACUCCUGUCCCAGCAGCCCAGAGCCAAAAACUACGCAGCAUCUGUUUGUAGCAGCUCUGCAGACGGCCAGGACAUGACAGAGAGGCUGUGGUCUAUUUACCAUGAGACCAAAAGACAGACUGAAGCUAUCUCCACCGACUCUGUCGACCCAGACACCAUUUUUGCCAACAAUGAGAUGAGCCUGCAAGACAUUGAGAUCUACGGUUUCGACUAUGACUACACGCUGGCGUUCUACUCCAGCCAUCUCCACACCCUCAUCUUCAACAUAGCACGGGACAUACUCAUCACUAAACACCGGUAUCCAGAGGAUCUCCGAAAGUAUGAGUAUAUUCCAAAGUUUGCGAUAAGAGGACUCCACUAUGAUGUCCAGAAGGCACUGCUGAUGAAGAUAGAUGCUUUUCACUACAUUCAGUUGGGAACUGUAUACAGGGGUCUUCACCCAGUUUCUGAUGAGGAAGUAAUCGCCAUGUAUGAAGGCUGUCAUGUACCUCUAGAGAUCAUGAGCGACUUCUACGGCAAGAGUUCACAUGGCCACACCAUGAAGCAGUUCAUGGACAUAUUCUCGCUUCCUGAGAUGACCCUCCUGUCGUGUGUCAAUGACUUCUUCAUGAAGCACAACAUCGACUACGAGCCAGUCCAUCUCUACAAAGACGUAAAGGAAGCUAUUAGAGAUGUUCACGUCAAGGGCAUCAUGUACCGAGCUGUGGAAGCAGAUAUUGACAAAUACAUUUGCUACGGUGAGCAAAGCCAGGCUGUGCUGAAGAAGCUGUCAGCGCAUGGGAAAAAGAUGUUCCUCAUUACUAAUAGCCCCUUUGACUUUGUGGACCGAGGAAUGAGCUACAUUGUAGGAAAGGACUGGAGGGACCUGUUUGAUGUUGUUAUUGUUCAGGCCGACAAACCUGGUUUCUUCAAUGACAGGAGAAAACCUUUCAGGCGAGUGACAGACAAAGGUGCGCUGCUGUGGGACAGGAUUCACAGGCUGGAAAAAGGGCAAAUCUACAAACAGGGAAACCUUUAUGAGUUCCUCAGACUUACCGGCUGGAGAGGAUCCAGAGUGCUCUAUUUUGGAGAUCACAUCUACAGUGACUUGGCAGAUCUAACACUGAAACAUGGUUGGAGGACGGGCGCCAUCAUCCCUGAGCUGAGGAAAGAGAUCAAGAUCAUGAACACACAGCAGUACGUCCACAUGAUGACGUGGUUACAGGCACUGACUGGACUCAUCGAACAGAUGCAGGUGCACAGGGAUCCAGCAUCUCAAGCUGUAGUUCAGGAGUGGAUCAGAGAAAGAGAAGCCAUGAGGCCGCAGACAAAGGACAUCUUCAACGCUCAGUUCGGGAGUCUCUUCCGGACGUACCACAACCCCACCUACUUCUCACGCCGACUCUCUCGCUUUGCUGACAUCUACAUGGCCUCCAUCAGCUGCCUGCUCAACUACGACUUCCAGCACACCUUUUUCCCUCGCCGCACUCCUCUGCAGCACGAGUCCCCCUUCUGGCCCGAGCAGAGUCCUGCUGUCUCCUCCGCAUCUCCACAGGACCAAAGCAGAGUCUGAUCAGAGAGGGAAGGACAGAGUUCUAAGACAACGAUCUCCAUUACUGAUCGCCUCAACUUUAUUUUGUUUUUCACGUUUUUAAGUUUUAGAAGAUGCAUGCCACAUUUUAACAUAACAGAAAAUGGUAACAGUCUGUAAACUGCUUAUGUUUAAUAUGUUUUUAGUUAGUUUUUUAUAGCUGUUAUAAAAAAAAAUCUUGAGUUGUUCCUCCAAAGAGUUCAGUCUUGAGAGGAACAGUGUGCUUUUGAAGCCAAAGGUGUGUGUCCUUGAGUGUAUGAGAGAGAGGCUUAGUUAGAUUAUACAAAUAGAUGCAUUGUACACAAUCAUAACAACAGGGGGCAGUCACACACCAGGUUAAGUAUGUAUUUCUGUAGUAUGGAUUGUACACAGGCUAUCGUUGCCUUUUUGUCCUGCAUCCACUGUCGCAAUAGGAAUUUGUAUUUACAUUACAGACUGUGUUGCCUUAAUCUCCUGUUAACAUUACUGCAAUGUAUAUAUUUUUGUAAUAGCCUAAUAUAAUUUAUGGUAAUCAAGCUUUCUCAAAUCCUUCCAGCUUGCUGAUGUCAUUAUGCACUGCACAUUGAGAUACACAUUGCACUUUGAUGUUCUCAGAUCUUUGUAUUCGAUAGUUUUAGCCAUUUUCACACAACAAAACCUGUAUGCGUCAUUUUAGCAGGUGAGAACUGUUAUUGUUUCUCAGGAAAAAAAAAUAGAGUAUCACUGCUAUAUUUAGCAUGAACGCUGCUAUUUGAUCUGUGAAGAAAGCAGCAGUGAGUUUCUGAGGUUUGACACUUUUGCAGAAAAUGGGUGAAAUGUUUUCACACGUGCUGAAAUAACAGCUUGUGAGAGAUAUAUUUGACACAUGAGCUGGAAUCGUAGUGUUUUUAAUGAUUAUGAAAAAAAAGGGAAUAGGCCAUAAAAGGGAAAAACAACAGUUGCCACAACCAAGACCUCAUCGUUUCUUUGUGCUCCUUUGUGUAGUUUCAAAUAUGUGGUGAAGUGUAUUUUUACAUUUUAUUUCACUAUUUAUUAAACAGAAUUGGCCUGAUCCUUGA